GUCCCGCCCAUCGCUGCCCUUCCUCAACCAGGUCAGGUGCUCCGUUCUCACCAGUCCUCCCAGUCCCGCCCAUCGCUGUUCAGCGGCGUUACUUCGCUCGUAGCAGAUCGAUUCGUUGUGUGUGGAGACGAAACAUCGAGGCGAUGUUCCGGAGGAUCCUCCAGAUGACUCCUGGCAUAGGAGGCUCUCAGAACGCUGAGUCCUCAGAGCAGCAGCCCGGAGCCAACCUCAACAACGAACAGACCUCUGAGGGCUUCAUCUGUCCUCAGUGCAUGAAGUCUCACAACUCGGCGGAGGAGCUGUUUAAGCACUAUGACCUGUUCCACGAUACUGGGGAUCUGCCGUCUAACAUGGCCCCCACUCGGGAAGACCUGACCAUGUUGAGGCAGGAGGUCCAAGACCUGCACGUCUCUCUCAAGGAGGAAAGAUGGUUUUCCGGGGAGCUCAAGAAGGAGUUGGACAAAGUACAAGGACACCUGAAGCAAGGCGACGGACCAGACACCUCUGAGGACUCAGCACUGGAGCAGAAGCUGAGCGAGGCGGAGACGGAGAAGUUCCACAUCAAGCAGAUGAGAGACCUGUUUGAGCAGAAGGCCGCCCAGCUGGCUACAGAGAUAGUAGACAUAAAGUCCCGCUAUGACGAGGAGAAGAGUCUGAGGGAGGCCGCUGACCAGCGGCUGGCCUCCCUGGGCCAGGACCUGGAGAGGCAGAGGCAGGACAAUGACAUACUCAGCACGGAACUGCUGCAGCGGCCGGGGGUGGAGGACGUGACGGUGCUGCAGAAGGAGCUGGUCCAGGUUCAGACGCUCAUGGACUCCAUGGCUCGUGAGCGGGAAGAGGAGUCGGAGCGCUACAAGCACCAGUACCAGGAGCUGGUGGAGAACCACGCCACUGCCGGGAUUACCAUCAGCCAGCUGAAGGCGGAGCUGGAGAAGGGCCCUCAGGAGGCGGCCGUCUACACUCAGCAGAUCCACCAGCUGCAGAGCACCGUCAACAGCCUGCAGCAGCAGAGCCAGAGCCUCUCAGACAAGCUGUCUCGCAGGGAGAAGGAGCAGCAGCAGCUGGGGGAGACCCUGGCUGCAGAGCAGGCGUCCGGCAGGGCCCUCCACAGCAGCCUCCAGGCCCGCCUGCUGGAGCUGCAGGAGGCCCAGCUGCGGGCGGCGGCCGGGGAGGCCUCGCUGCAGAGGGCCCGGGCCGAGCUGGGGGAGACGGGGCAGGAGGUGGCCCGGCUGAAGCAGGAGGCGCUGGAGCUGCAGGUGAAGCACGGGGAGCUGAAGGCGGAGAGAAAGCAGAUGCUGCAGCAGAGGGAGGAGAAGGAGAGCCAAGGGGCUCAGCAGCAGACUGAGAUCGGCCAGUUGCAUGCUAACCUCCUGGAGGCUGAGCGCCAGCUGGGGGAGCUGCAGGGCCGACUGAAGGAGCAGAGGCAGCUCUCUGGGGAGAAGCUCAAGGACCGCGAGCAGCAGGCCGCUGACCUCCAGCUCCAGCUGUCCCGGGCCGAGGAGCAGUUAAAGGAGGCUGGCGUUAAGACCACGGAUCUCCAGCACCUGCUGGACAAGGCCAGCAAGCAGCAGCAGGAGCUGCAGACCCAGCAGCAGAACACCACCUCCAAGCUGCGGGAGGCACAGAGCGACCUGGAGCAGGUGCUGCGUCAGCUCGGGGACAAGGACCAGAAGAUCCAGAACGUGGAGGCGCUGCUGCAGAAGGGCCGGGACGGGGUGUCCCAGCUGGAGGCCGAGCGCGACGAGCUGUGUGCCAAGAUCCAGGCAGGGCAGGGGGAGACGGCGCUGCUGGGGCAGAUGAAGGAGAAGAACCUGGCUCUGCAGGAGCAGGUGUCCCAGCUGACUGACAAGUUAAAGAACCAAUCGGAGAGCCACAAGCAGGCUCGGGACAACCUCCACGAGCAGGUGCAGGAGCAGAAGAGCCUGCUGCGGGCCGCCCAGGACGCCGCACACACCCUGGAGACCUUCGGGGGGGAGCUCAGCGCCCAGCUGGCCGAGAGCAAGGAGAAGGGGGCCCAGCUCAACACCCAGCUCAAGGCGAAGACGGAGAUGCUGCUGUCCUCCGAGGCGUCCAAGGCUGGCCAGCGGGCCGACCUGGAGAACCACCUGGAAACGGCCCAGAAUGCACUUCAGGACAAGCAGCAGGAGCUGGUGAAGGCCCAGCAGAAGGUGGAGGAGCAGGCUGGGAGGCUGCAGGAGAAGCAGGAGCAGGGCAGCCUGCUGGAGGCCGCUCUGAAGGAGACUAAAGAGCAGCUGUUCUCCUCGGAGCAGCGGCGGGAGCAGCAGGAGGCGCUCCACCAGAAGGUGCAGUCCGAGGUGGUGGAGUUGAAGGCGGCCCUUGAGCAGGGUCAACAGGAAGUUCAGCGGCUCCAGAAGGAGGGGUCAGAGGUCAGGAAGAGGUUGAAGGAGCUGGCGCACCAGAUGGACUCCCAGGAAGCGAGCUCUGCCAAGCUGCGAGACCAGCUGAAGAGCGUGAACGCAGACCUGAGUCACACUCGUCAGGAGCUGCAGACGUCUGAGAAGGAGCGAUCCCUCCUGCAGCUCAGCCUGGACACACUGACCCAGGAUGGGCAGGCACAGCGGGCAGACCUGGAGAGGAAAGCCAAAGGCUUGGCCGCAGACCUGCAGAAGGCCCAGCAGCAGAGAGACGCUCAUGGGAAGGAUCUUGUUUCGACGAAAGAGAGUCUGGGGAAGGUGAACAAGGCCAUGAAGGAGACCCAAGGCCAGCUGGACAGCGAGAGGAGGGGCAGCAAGGCAGCGCUGGAGGAAAAGGAAAAGUCUCACGAGAAGACCAGAGUGGAGCUCCAGAAGAAAGUGGAGGUGAUCACCAAGGAGAGCCAGGAGACCAAGGGGCAGGUGGACAGGAUGAGAGAGGCGGAGAAGGGGCUGAAGGCUCAGCUGGCUGCGCUCACUGAGCAGAGCUCCAAGAGCCUGGGCGUUCUGCAGGAGAAGGAGAGGGGCCUCCAGCAGCUGCAGGCCCAGCUCCAGAAGACCCAGGCCUCCCUGGAACAGGAGAAGCAGAAGCUGGAGAGCCAGGUGUCUGAGCUACAGGAGACCAUCACCAAGAAGGCGGAGGAGCUGGUCCGGCUGCAGGACCAGGCCUCAGGGCUGGGGCAGGAGCUGGGGGCGGAGAGGACGCGCAGCACCGGGCUCCAGGAGGCCUUGGAGCAGAGCCAGCAGGCCAGGAGCACGCUGCAGGAGCACGUCUACGGCAAGGAGUCGGAGGUGUCCGCCCUACGCCAGGACCUCAAGGUGUCAGAGGAGAAGCUCUGCUUGGCGCAGGAGGAGCAGGCUGCCAACCGGAGCCACCAGGCGGGCCUGGAGGGCAAGGUUCAGGACCUGAGUCAGAGCCACGCCUCCCUGGAGCAGGAGCUGGGCCGACGGGACCAGGCGCUCCAGCAGCAGGCCCAGGCCCUGAAGGAGCUGCAGAGACGACACGGGGAUGCUGAGGAGGAGUUGGGGAAGGAGAGGAGCCGGGCGGAGGAGCUGAUGAAGGCCAAGAGCGCGAUGGAGAGCACCAGCGCCCGGCUGACCUCUGAACUCAAGGUGUUCACUGAGAAGAGUGAGAAGGAGCUGUCCGGGCUGCAGGAGGCCAAGGCGCUGCUGAUCCAGCAGAAGCUGGAGGUGCAGGGCCAGCUGGAGGCAGAGCGGGCCGUGCUGCAGACGGAGCAGCAGGCCCACCAGGCCACCAGGGACAGCGUGGCCCAGCUGGACCAGAAGCUCCUCAGCCAGGCCACAGAGCUCCAGGCCCAGCUGGCGGCGGAGCGGCGGGGCCGGGCGGAGCAGGCGAAGCAAGCGGAGGAGGCGCAGGGCAGGCUGGGGGUGCAGCUGGCGGCGCUGGGGGAGAACGUGGCCACGCUGAAGAGGGAGUGGCAGGGCAGCCAGCGGCGCUCGGCCGAGCUGGAGAAGCAGACGGACGAGCUGAGGGGGGAGAUCGCCGUGCUGGAGGCCACGGUGCAGAACAACCAGGACGAGAGGCGCGCCCUGCUGGAGAGGUGUGUGAAGGGGGAGGGGGAGAUGGAGAAGCUGCAGGCCAAGGCGCUGGAGAUGAGGAGGAGGCUAGACGACACCACCGCCGCCAUGCAGGAGCUGGGCCGAGAGAACCAGUCGCUGCAGAUCAAGCAGUCCCAGUCCCUGACCAGGAAGUGGGCCGAGGACCACGAGGUCACCCACUGCCUGGGCUGCGGGAAGGGCUUCUCAGUGACCAUCAGGAGGCACCACUGCAGACACUGUGGAAACAUCUACUGCGCCGAGUGCUCGUGCCGCAACGCCCUCACGCCCUCCUCCAAGAAGCCCGUCAGGGUCUGUGAGAGCUGCUUCGACGAGCUCCAGGGCUGAGCCCCCCGGGCCGAAGCCAGCGAGGAGCCCAGAUGAUGUCUAACUUGCACUAAUGAAAGGGAACAGAUUGACUGAGUGGCAAGACCCCCUCAUCCACCUCCUCUGGUGCUGAGGGGCCCGCGGUGGUUUAGGACGCCCCCUGAGGUGUGGUGGGACGGCCCCGGAGCCUGAGGGGGAUGGAGGGGUAUGAGGAAGGAGAUGAACUCUGUCUGUUUUGUGUAUUGUGCCUUUGGCUAGCGUCUGGUCUGUGUGAGAGCAGAGAAGGAGAGCUUCACCGCACCGCUGUGCUUGUCUUUGAUUUCUUUCUCAUGUCCACACGUUGGAGCCAUAUCUCUGCUUGUCCUCAUCCUUGUUUCCAUCGCGGCCUGCCGUAAGUGUUUAUGUACAGAGGUUGUCAGCGAGGGGUUGGACAUUGGAGGGUGUUGGUGAAGAGGGGUUCAUAUCGGAACGGUAAAAAGAAUCUGAAAGUGAAGUCUGCCCUUCAAAGAUGAUUUAGUUUUGCCUUCUGCACUUGUUUUGUUUUUCCUGCUGAUGCCAACACUGAGACCGACGUGAUUCAUUUCAAAAGUGAAUCAGUGUCGAAACGGAUUUACUUUCACUUAAUAACACUUAGUUUUACGGCGAGAGAUUAAUGCCUUUCUAUUUUAUACAGGAAAUAUAUUUGCAAUCAUUUGAAUGGUGGAAAUAUUUUUUAAGAAUAUUGGGUAAACAAACAUUUACAUUCAGUUUGCAAACCUCUGAAUACUUAAUAACAAUUGAGCUUUUAUUUAUUUUUAUCCAAUGCAAGACAUUAUUUUCAAUGCGACCAUUAAUGUAACCGUUAAUAGCAGAGUAACAGUACAAUUCCUAAUUAUAAUGGGUCAAAUUAUUUUUUAUUAAGGCUUAAAGUUCAUCUCAAAAUUCAUCUCGCUUGUCUUUUCAAAUGUUGAAAGUGGCAGCCUGACUCAGUUUAUUUCAUUUAAACAUUUGAUGGAGGCCUAAAUGUAUUCUUCACAAGUAAACCACAGUAUUCAAUUUUCUACUCCCGUGCUAUCGAUACCAAGCAGAAGCAGUACAUUGUUGGGUUGUUCUCUGUGGAUAUGACCUGUAAUCAGCCUUCAUGUUGCUCACCUCUAAAGUCAGAGCAGUGGUCUUUAGGACAGAAAGAGAUGUUUCAUGAACGUGAAUUCAGUGACCAAAGAAUGUCUCAGUCUGGUGGUGGAAGAUCAGCAGAUGUCCUCGAGGGGUUUCACCCUAAUGAUUUUAUUUGUGCAGAAAUUUCCUAUUUUUUUUUUUUUUUUUGGAGGGGGGUUAUAUCUGUAAAUUGUUUAUUUUCUGAAAACAUGCAUUCAUGUUUUUUUCCACAAUGUUAAUAAAAAACAAAUCAAGCCCCAUUCAGCAGCACAUAUACACCAUGCUCUCAUUAAGUUAGUGUUAUUUAAAUACAAAAAAUACAUGAAUCUAUUACUAUUAACUACAUUGUUGAGCUCGCAUAAGACAAAACUUGUGCAAACUCCUACUCGUCCUAUUGAUUAAUAUUAACACUCAUAUCAUGGUGCUUCAUUCUGAACAAUGUGUUUGUGUCUGAACACGAACACAUUGAAUUAUUUUUUUUCGCUGCCCAACUCAAAUCCAACUGUGUGUGUGUGUGUGUGAGACGUUGCUGUAGGACUGGUUAUUGGUAGGAAAACAGGAUGUUAUAAAUUAGGGAAUGCCGUGUCGUCUGCUUCUUCGGAUCCAAGAUGGCCGCCCCUUCACCGUGUUCGCUGGGGUGGUAAAGUAUUGUACAUUGUGACACGGAACACGAAAUAAUCCAAUGCGGUCAUUCAUUUUUUCACAGAACGGGGUCCUGGUUGAUCUGUAGUCGUCCAGCAGAACUGUGUUCACAGGUCACUUUUUAGCAUUUUACCAAUAAUCGUCCGUGAUGUACGUGAUGCUUAACAUCUUAAUGCUAAAAUUCCUCAGAAUACAGAUGUCCAUCUCCUAUUGCUGUAACCAGGGCAACCGUUCCCCAUCGUGUUGAGUUGGCUGUUUCUACCUCAGAUUGGAUUCUAAACCUUGAAACAUCACAGAACACGUUUCCGACUGCUUUGUGAUGAACAGGGAGGAGAGAUGUCUUUGUGUCGUGUACUUCUGUUUCAGACACACUGCAGCGUGUGAAACCACGGCUAACUAUGUUAAUACACUUGAUGGCCAUACUUUACAGUUAGCCAUUAAAGGCUAACUGUAAAGUAUCAUAAUAUAUUGAACAGCUCGCUAUAUAUUAAAUACAUAUAACACUUGUGGUCCCAGAAGGGUGUCACCACGAUAUUGUACAGUCACCGCUAAAGACAAAGGGCCGAGAACGGCGCUCUCAGCGGGCCCGCAGUGUUGGGGACGCCGUCGGCUGGUGGACCCCCACUAACCACUGGUCUGGGGGGUGCCUGUGUUCUGGGGUGCGAGCAGGCUCUUACGGGUUUGUCCCAGCCGGGGCUUACUGGUCUAGCAGGGUCUCACUUGUGUGUCCCAGCAGGGACUCACUGGUGUGUCCCAGCAGGGUCUUACUGGUCUUUUACUGGUUUGUCCCAGCAGACUCAGUGGAUGUGCUGGUUGUUAUUUAUGUUCGGGUGUGCUUGUUUUCUUUUGUUGAUAUUCAUGAAGUUAAUAAAACAUUCUAUUUGUCA